AUGCGUUUCACCGCUGCUUCCGUUGCUCUCUUCGCCGGCAUUGCCGCUGCUCUCCCCAACGGUGACCUCGAGACCGUCUACUCGACCGAGGAUGUGACCAUCACCUCGUGCGCUCCCACCGUCACCGACUGCCCCAGCCGUCAGACUUCCACUCCCCAGGCUGUUGAGGCUGUCACCUCCUCUUCCGUCCCCGCGGUGGCCACUCCCUCUGCUCCUGCUUCCAGCAGCAGCCCCGUCGCUCCCGUCGAGGCUCCCUCCAGCAGCAGCCCCGCCCCGGCUCCUUCCAGCCCUGCUGCCGGUCCCUCCAGCCCCGUUGUGCCUGUCCAGGUCCCCACCAGCAGCGCCUCGGUUAUCCCUGUGACCACCUGCAUCCCCACCGUCACCUACUCGACUGUUCAGGUGCCCGUCACCCCCGCUGGUCCCGCCGGUAACCGUCCCUCUGGUGCUGCCGCCAAGGGUACCAGCUCGGUCCCCGUGAUCCCCGCUCCCUCUGGCCAGGGUGCUGCCGGCAACCCUAGCGGCUCUGCCUCCGCCUCCGCCUCCACCUCUGCUCCCUCUUCCCUCUUCACCGGUGCUGCCAGCUCCGUCAGCAACUCUUUCGGUUUCGCUGGUGCCGCCGCCGCCAUGGCCUUCUUCCUGGCUUAA